UAUUUUCUCUCUUUCUCUCCCUCACUUCUUCUUCCACUGUUCUCUGCUGUACCUUCAUUCACAUUUGCAAACACACACACACACACACAGAGUGACAAGUGGAGGUCCCCAGACGCUGGUCUUGCGUCACAGGAGCAUAGCCGAGCCUCUUUUGUGUUCAGUUUAGCCAGCUCAGCUGUACACUGUGCAGACAGAGAAGGAGAGGAGAGGCGGGGGCUUCAAAAUCACCAGGUGUGUGUGUGUGUGUGUAUGUGUGUGUGUGUGUGUGUUCUGCAGGGUGAAUGAUCGCCUGGAUAUUUCACAUACGAUCUCCUAACCUUGGAUUGCACGUCUGGACAGUUAACUGAGAAGGAAUCAAUGGUUUUUCCAGUCUUGACCCUUCAUCUUUCUUCACAAAAUCGAUUCAGAGUCAUUGCCUUUUUCUGCCAAUCAAGCUGUGACAGGGAUAUCUACAUGAUUUGGGUUUUCUUCCAGAGUCCAACCAGGCAGCUAUGAUGGUUGGAAAGCCGGUGAGGCAGUGGAGGUCCAUCUGUAAGGGACUGGUCCUGGGUGUGCUUCUGACCACCUGCAUGAUUCUUUUGUACUGCCUGUCCACCCCAGAGGUCCAAUUUGGCAUGCAAGAGGUCCCAGUGCCUUACUCAUGUGCUCAUCGCCCUUCUGCCGCCCACUCCUCAACAAUCUCAAACGACUCCCAUCAUGCCUCUGGACAGAGAAUCUGCACUCCAAAAGUGGACCUCAUGUUCAUGAAAACCCACAAAACAGCUAGUAGCACUUUUCUCAACAUCCUCUUUCGCUUCGGCGAAAAACACCACCUCAAAUUUGCCUUCCCCAACAGCCGCAAUGACUUCUUUUACCCCUCCCCUUUCCAUCACUCACAAGUGAAGGACUACAGGCCUGGAAUGUGUUUUAACAUCAUCUGUAAUCACAUGCGUUUCAAUGCAGCCGAGGUGGCCAAAGUGCUUCCAGCCGACACCUCGUACAUCACAAUCCUCCGGGACCCGGCAGAUCUCGCCGAGUCCUCGUUCCACUAUUUCAGACGCAUUGUACCUCUCACGUGGAAGCUGUCUGGGGACGAUAAACUGAGAGAAUUCCUGACAGAUCCAACGCUCUACUAUGACCCAGAAGGAUUCAGUUCUUUUUAUCUCAAAAACUUGCUUUUCUUUGACUUCGGCCAGGAUAAUAACUUGCAUCCAGAUGACCCAAAGGUGGAUGAGGCCAUUCGGGCAAUCGCCAAGCGCUUCCAAUUGGUAAUGCUUGUUGAGUAUUUUGAAGAGUCGCUUAUCCUGCUCAAGGAUAGCCUCUGCUGGGACAUGGAGGACUUGCUUUUCUUCAAACUCAAUGCCCGGAAAGAUUCAACCAUUUCGAGACUGACUCCAGAGCUCAGGGCCAAGGCGCUGGAGUGGAACGCCAUCGAUUGGAAGCUUUACCAGUAUUUCAACGCCACCUUCUGGCGUAAAGUGGACGCUUACGGCCGCGAGCGCAUGGCGAGAGAUGUCGCAGAGCUGCAGCGCAGAAAUGCAGAAAUGGCUUCCAUUUGCAUCGAAGGAGGCCAUGCCGUUGAUGCGGGAAGCAUCGUGGAGACUUCCAUGCAGCCGUGGCAACCCAUCGGUGAGAAGUCGAUUAUGGGAUACAAUCUGAAAAAGAAUGUCGACAAAGCACACGGAAAGCUCUGCAGGAAGAUGCUCACACCAGAGCUGCAGUAUCUCACCGAAAUGGGCGUCAACCUGUGGAUAACUAGGCUGUGGGGUCACAUAAGAGAGAUCCUUCACUGGUAGCACAGAGGAGAUGUUUGCUGAGGUGCAAACACAGAACGUUCCCGAAUGGUCCCAUGAGGUUAUUUUUUGGGAACCAA